AUGACCGGAUUUCGCUUCAAUUUAUCACCACUGAAGGAGCCGUUGUGCUUCAUCAAACUAGUGGAGUGGCUCACGGCCAUAUUUGCUUUUGGAAGCUGUGUCAAUUUCUCUGCUGAGAACACCGUUUCCAUUUUCUGCGGUGAUGGCAAGAACGAGACGCUCCCCGCUAAGUUCCUCUAUCCCUUCAGAUUAAGCCAAGUGCCGUUGAUCAACGAUAACGGUACACUAUGUGACCGCGUAGUCAACGCCACGCACCUGGUGGGAGACUCGUCGUCUUCGGUCCAUUUCUUCGUCGGCGUGGGAGUCUUUUGCUUCUUGUACUGCAUGUUUGCCAGUUUAGUUUAUUUUGGCUACAUGCACAUUUACAAGAACUCCGAUUUGGGACCCAUUUUGGACAUGGUGAUUACGGUAGUCAUCGUUUUCCUGUGGCUGGUGUCUUCAUCCGCCUGGGCUAAGGGUUUGCAGAACGUAAAGGAUGCCACAGACACUGAUGGUAUCGGCGCCACCAUAGCAUUGUGCAAGGAGCAAAAUAUCACCUGCCAAGUCACCGAGUUCGCAAACGUGCGAGGGCUCAACGUGUCUGUGGUGUUUGGCUACCUCAACACAAUCGUGUGGGCCUUGAACACCUGGUACGUGUACAAGGAGACUCGCUGGUACUCGCAGAAAAAUUCGACCCAGACAGGACCGACGAGGCACCCGACAGCUAUCUAA